UGUAGAUUAUUGUAGACUCUCUUUAGUCCUAAUUUCUGUAGCUGUUUAAUUACAUAGAAACUUCUUCAUCUCGCACACGGAUUCAAGGGCCAUAUCUUGUAUCCUAACUUGGUCGUGAGCCUUUACUGGGAAAGAUAAGAUGGGUUGGUCUUACGAAGGUAUUUCGUUGGAUGAUUUCUUGAAAUUUGUUAAAGGGUUCGUUGAUAUCUUGAUUCUGGCAUCUGGGUAUCAGUCAACUGGCUGUCUUGCUCACUGGGAUCCAGAAAACAUCAAGAAAGCCUUCCAAUGGAGUAUUUUCUUUGAGGACGUAAUGAGACAACUGAAGUGUUCAGAUGGAUAUGAAGAUUCAAUAUACGAACUUGAUACAGCUUUAUCACAAAUUAAAUCUAGUCCAUUCUUUCCUCAGGGUCUGGCACAUCUUUCAACCAUUACUCUUAGUGAUGCCAGGAACUUCCUGUUAGAAUAUCUAAUCCAAGGCUUGCCACUUAGGGAUAUGCAUCUUAGAGAUGCUAUUAUAGCAGCUAUGAGAAUGGAUCUUGAUGUAAUCUCGGGAGAUAAAGAUAAUUAUCUUGUUGAAUAUCUGAAUAAGUUGAGUGCACUAUGUUUGACGCCUAUUCAUGACUUGGAUAAUAAGGCUUUCAUGAAGAUUUCAUCUUCUUCUGUCACUAAAGCUUUGACGAAGAUUCUUAUUGAAGAACUUGUAAGAAGACAAUCAACAGUUUCAUGUAUAAUGUCCCUGGAGAAUGGCUUGAAUAUCCUCUUAAAGUCCAUUGGACAUUCCACGAAAAGAAGAGAGGAGGAUUUGAUGGAACUUGUUCAGAAGGACGAGUGGAAAAGAAGGACUCUUUCUUAUUUUCUUGACAAGAGAACUAUUAGAUUGAUCUCAGGUGCGAGCUUGAUAUUUUCUGCACCCAAGGUUCAAUGGAUCCAGACAUUUGAAAAUCUUUGUGCUGCAACAAAAGCUCAUGACGAUGAUAACUCACUAGAAAUGAUUGAAAUCUUGCUAUUAGGAUGCAUUGGAAGUCGAUGGAGGUCUCUAAUUGAAUAUUUCAUGUCAGUUUCCUCUGAUUCACUUGGUACAUUGGAGCAAUAUCAUGAAGUGUGCAACUUGCUCCCUGAAAGACAUCAAGAAUCUCCAUCUGAAGAAACAAAUGAUUCAAAGGAAAAGGCCAUUGUUGAAUACAUGACAUCAAUGCUAGAUGGACAAGUUCACCAGUUGUGGAAAUUAUCUCCCGUUCUUUCUGCUGUUGCAAUUCCAUCUUGGUCUUCUCUCUUUAGAUCAUACCUAAGUGCAUUGGACUGUCAACUCAAAGGAGAAUCUUCUAUUAUUAGUCUUUGCAGUUGUCUUCAACACAAGAGGGACCAUGUAGAUUGUGAAGUAGCUGAGAGGAUUUGGUGCCUCUAUAUGUAUCAAGUUCGAAAAUGACAUUGACGAUUUAUUGUGGCUAGCUAACAUAACAGGUUUUAUCGUUCGAAAUAUUUAUAGCAACUCUUGGUUGAAAUAUUCUUUGAACAAAAUAUUUUCUACUUGAAUCUCCUUCAUGAGAAU